ACAACUGAGAAAAUGAAAAUAAGGAAUUCACUUCAAGUAUCAUCUGUCCAACAAAAUCGCCACUGGUUGAUAUUAAUACAACUUUUAUUGCAACUAAACCCUGUCGCCUUCGCUUUGAACGUCUCUGGAUUGAUGGAUCACAGCAGCGCAGUAAAAAAUGAUUUGUUUGCAGCUGUAACUAACUCAAAUGGACGUCCCUUUCGAUUAGUCAUCUAUGAUCCACGCACGGGCCAAGAAUCGACUGCACUGGAAUAUAUGCGGAGUGGUGGCCAGAGUGUGGUGGACUUGACACAACUAUGGCAGCCCUGCCGGUGCACCAACAGCGGAUGCCUAUGUUGUUUGGGACUAAAACUGGGCGAAUCGCUGAACAAUAGUUUUUGCUUCUCUGCGCGAUUCAUUCCCUCAGAAUUGGCAAUACGGCUCGAUAUGUGCCUUAAUGAACGCUACAGCCUUAGUAGGACCAUUGCUCUAAUUGCACCACCCGCCGCUUGCAUGCCGCUCCUGACACCACUACCGAUUUAUAUUUGCCUGCGCAUAGACAAUAUUCGACUCAUCAAUCGGAAUGUAAAUAUGUGCGCGACUCUUCUGCUCCGCGUACUUCUGUACGAUUUGAUGCAAUUCUCUUUCGGCUGUUUGCGAUUUGGCAGAGAUGGUUUGAUUUUCCAUCACAUUUCAGUGGACUCGGCAAAUGCUACUGCUAUAUUGGAAAAUGAAACGCCUGAAGACGAAAUGGAUACUAACGGUGUGAAAUGUGGAAUAUAAAUAUAAAUUAUUUUAAUUUUUAAAAAUAAUUUACUUUUCCCAUUAGUAU